CUCGCUUCGAAAACAUGACUCUGCACCUUUCCCUUGCUCGAUACUGUGUCUGACCUCCUCUUUCCUCGACGGUAUCCCUUUCUCUCUCUUUCAACUACUUUUCACUCGAUAUCAUGGUAUUUGGUCGCAGCAAGGCCAAGGCUUCUUUGCCGCACAGCGAUGUUAUCGACAUUCAUAACUCUGAUUCGGAGCCGGAGGGUCGUGGAGGGAAGCUUUCAUCCAAACGCCAAAAGGUGGCCAGUGGCAAGGCGCCUCUCUCAAUGACGGGCGCCAAAGUAAAUAUUGACCGUACCAAGAACGUUCAUCUCAAAGGCCGCAAACGUUUCAACGCAGAUUUCGAGGAUACGAAGCAAGUCGUCAAGGAUGGAGGAUUCCUGGUUCACGGCUGGCGCAUAAAGAAGUUCCGGCCAGGCGACGACGAAGGCUCUAUGGAAGUCGUAAUAGAAGAUUCUCAUACACCUGAUGCACCAAUAAUGCUUACCAUGCUUGUUGAUGACACCUCCGAAUAUCCCAAGAACCAUACAGUAUUUUGUUACUCUUCCGAUUCAGAGCUCGAUGCUCGUACAACUGAGCCCGUAAAUGAGAUCGCAACAUCGCCUGCACGACCAAUCGUCGACACUCUCGAACGUUUCUUGACCUCGCUCGCCGGUAAGAAGUACCAAGAAGUCGACAUGGAGGACGAAGACGAUAGUGGAGACGAAGAAUAUGUCGGAAUGGAUUAUGAUGAUGAUUAUACUGCAGUGUCUAAGGUUGCGACCUAUAGUCGUUCCAAGCUGCAACGGGACUUCAUCGAUGCUGUGGGAACAGGCUAUCGUCCAGGAUUCAUUCCUUUCGGGGGCGAUGAUUUCUGCUUAACCAUCAGCUUACCAGUCAUCACUCUAUCUGAAUCAAUCCCUCCGCGAGCACUUAUGGCUUGGGAUCGGCGGCUUCUGUCUCGUUCGCAGCAUCUAACCCUUCUCAUAUCUGGACACAGAGGCAUGUAUCCCUCUUUGUCGAAUGAUGGAACCUAUUCGAGUCCCGCGCGCAGGGCGGGUGUGCAACUCAAAUUUCAAGUCGGUCUGUGCGGUCGGUACAAACCUUCAACUGUGAAUGCCAGAGAAGCCGUACGCAGGUAUGGGCUAGUCCUUCAGGACGCCGAAGAUGAACUGCGCAUCCAGAAAGAGAAGGAGCUCGCUGCUGCGAUGAAUUUUUUCGACAUUGACGUUGACAUGGACGCGGAAGAAGUUGCACUUAUCGUUUCAGAAGCUGUUGUCGAAGAGGAAGAUGAUGAAGGACGAUUUGAUAAGUUCAGCUUAAGUUCCUCGUUGGAGUCAUUGCUGGACCAAUCCUUUCUGAAAGUUGUCCGAUUACGGAGACAGUUUGAUCUGGGCUGGGCUGGCGCUGAACUCUUGUUCGCUGAAAUUGAGAAAAGUCAGAUGACAGCAGAGGACGUGUAUCGGUUCAAAAUCAAGGAAAUAAAAGCGGCUGAAAGAGAGGAACAAAAGCUUAAUCGAAGGCUGCCUCAUGAUCCCUUGCAUGGUCUGGGAAAAUCAGAAGACAUUAAUCUUCCCCUAACCGCGUUUACUUAUCUCAUCAGACGACUGACGUUGUGCACACGCUACUGCAUUGUUUGUCACAACAAACUCACCACUGACUUCGAAGCUUUGAAGCCCUAUGUGUGCGACUCUAAGCUAUGCGCCUACCAAUAUUACUCUCUGAAUCGCGGUCCUUCUUUAGAGUAUGAAAUCAUUCACAACCCGCAGACUGUGGAUCUCCUCGUUUCACUGACUUAUUCCGGGGCCGCCGAAGGCGUCCUCGACGAGCCUCUCCCGACUGGGAUGGGCCUCCGAGUUCCGAUUCCCGACAAAAGUACACUAAUCCACCCAUCGACACUUCGAGGGGCUGUUUUUUCCGGUGUCUUCCCUACUCCGGUACCCGAGGCUCCGUCUCCUACUCCUCGACGCGAGCCUGUUGCGGACAAUCAUGGUCUGUGCGAUUUUGAUGAUCUUGACAUUCUUCAGAUGCGCGCCUCUAUUGCUGACAUGCUGAAUACGUUACCGACAGUGGAAGAUAUGAAGAAGCAUUUAGAACGCAAAGUCAAGCCUGGUAAAUCGAAACCCAAGCUUAGGGAACUCGAUCCUACAGUGUUGCCCGCUGCGUGGCAGAUUCUUCGCUGGUGUGUGGCGUCUUGCACUGCAUACCUUGAACCCAUCACAUCGGGAGCUGAGUUGGUAACGAAUUUAGAUCCAUCAUGGCGCCAGUUCCGUUUCAGCGUUGGUGCCCCAGAUGCAGAAGCUAAAUUUCAGGCUGCUGUUGCUCAGUCUCAGGCAACGAAUACGAAUGCUAAGAAGUACCCUUCACUCUUUGCAUUCCAUGGUUCUUCUUUGCGAAAUUGGCACUCGAUAAUUAGGCAUGGAUUGUGGUACAAGCACAUAGCUAAUGGGCGGGCCUAUGGACACGGUGUCUAUCUCGCCAAAGACGGGCAGAUUUCUAUGGGACACUAUGCAGGAGGUAACUCCACGAUGUGGCGCAAGAGCAAGAUCUGUCCCAAUGCUUGUGUUGCGUUGGCGGAGGUAGUCAACUUACCAGAAAAGUUUGUUAGUUCGAAUCCGUAUUUCGUUAUCGCGGAUACUACCUGGAUUGUCUGCCGGUAUCUCUUAGUCAAGUGCCCAGCUGAAGGGACCGGUACGACUCCGGUUGCAGAUAAGACCAUACCAUUUGUGAACUUGGAUCCUAAGCAUCCGCUGACAUUGAGCAGCAACAAGAUAUCUAUUCCUGAGCCUGGGUAUACCAUCAACUUAUUACUCCAGGAUCGUCAGCGUGAUCUAGUGGUGCAAGAGGCGGAUGAGGAAGACCAGCGAAUUUUCAAUCAUGUUGAGAGGGAGACAGUUAUUGUAGAUGACGACGACGAAGUCAUGAUCAUACCUGAUCCGAAGGGGAAGGGCAAAGCACCUGCCCCAACUCCGUCUAGUAGCAAGAAGAAAACAAAGCCAGCAGAUGAUUGGGUGCACGACCCUGAAUGGGUCAGCGUUGUUCUCGACAAGCUGAUGCCCCCGCCCACUGACUCUGCGCCAUCUGCGACUAUGGCGGUCCAGCGGGAGCUGAGGUCAAUGCUGAAGGAACAAGAAGCCGCGAACAGCCUGCGAGAACUGGGAUGGUACAUGCCGCAAGAGUUUAUUGGCGAUAAUUUGUUCCAGUGGAUUGUAGAGAUGCAUUCGUUUGAUCCGAACCUACCGAUUGCGAAGGAUUUGAAAACGGCAGGAGUGAAUUCUAUCAUCUUCGAGAUUCGAUUCCCUCCAACGUUCCCUUUGGCUCCACCAUUUUUCAGGAUUCUUACGCCGCGGUUCUUGCCUUUUAUUCAUGGUGGAGGAGGCCACGUUACUGGGGGAGGGUCCAUAUGUAUGGAUUUGUUGACCUCUGAUGGAUGGUUGCCUAGUUACAGUAUUCCUGCGGUUAUUAUGCAGAUCAAGUUGGCAAUAUCGAACCUGGAACCUCGUCCAGCGAGGCUCGCUAAAGACUGGAACCGUGAGUACCAGGUGUACGAGGCGCUAGAAGGCUACAAGAGGGCUGCUGCUGCUCAUGGAUGGCAGAUCCCUGUGGGUAUUGAGAGACUUGUAAGAUAAAUAGAAACUGUAUUUGUUUGGGAUGACCUGGCUGAUUACAUACAUGGAAAAUUUGAACAUUGUAGGUUGAUAGUACUGAGAAUGGAACUGUUGUUGUAGCAUU